CAGCCUUCUCAAAAUUGUUAUAUACAGUGAAACAUAUGAACAAAAUAUGUUUAUUUCCAAGAAAUCUUUGUCAAGAUCAGUCCAUGAUGAACACCAAGAGCAACCGGAGUUAGUCGAAACCCGAGGUGGCAAUCUGUGCACAUCAGUAACAGUUUGGAGAAAAUCACUUAUAGUUACCUGUAAAGGCUUUACUGUGAUUGAUUCAAAUGGAAAUUUAGUUUAUCGAGUUGAUACUUACGUGGGAGGACGCCCCAUGGAACUCGUUCUUAUGGACGGCUCAGGGAAACCCAUCCUAACGAUGCGACGAAGCACGAAUCUUAGGCUAGUAGGGACUUGGCUUAUCUAUGGAGGGGAAGUAGGUGAAUUUUGUACAUCAGAAAAGCCAGUUUUCUAUGUAAAGAAGAGCAUUAACAUUUUAAAUGCCAACUCUAAUGUGCUUGCAUAUGUUUACCGGCGGUCGUCGGAUAGACGGUAUGCAUAUGUGAUUGAAGGAUCGUAUUCGCAUAGAUCAUGUAAAGUGCUAGAUGAGACAAAGAGAGUGGUGGCAGAGAUAAGGCCGAAGGAUGCAUUAAAAAGAGGCAUUUCAUUCGGCCUGGAGGUUUUUGUGUUAAUUGUGCAGGCUGGAUUUGAUCCUGGAUAUGCCAUGGGUCUGGUUCUUUUGCUGGAUCAAAUGUUUUCAUAGGCUUUCAAUUCUUUCAGGUACCCUUUUUUUAAUAAGAUCAAACAUUCAAAGA